AUGAUCCGUCGACUGGAUACGCACACAGAGGAUACGCCGUUGACGAUAGAAGACCUCGUUGCUGAAUGUGAGAACUUCACCGCAUUAAAGAUGGACAACACAGACAUGGAAGGAAGUCAUGAUAUCCAUGUCGUGCAGAAAAAGAAUCACUGGACAGAAGAUACGACAGAAAAAAAAGAAAUUGAUCGACUGGUUGCCGAAGAAGUGAUCUCGCCAGUAGAGCAUUCAGAGUGGGCCACGCCUAUCGUUGUAGUCAAGAAGAAAAAAGCAUAUCUGCAGGUUGAAUUUGAAGAAAAAUCGAGGGAAAUGCUGACGAUUAAUAAGCACAGAGGACUGUAUCGCUACAAUCGUCUACCCUUCGGCGUGAAGUCAGCACCUGGCAUAUUCCAGCAGAUCAUGGAUUCAAUGAUAUGUGGACUGGAAGGCGUUGCUGCCUAUCUGGAUGACAUGAUAGUCACAGGCCGCACACAACAGGAGCAUCGCUCUAACUUGGAAGCGCUAUUCGGAAAGAUCCACGAAUACGGCUUCCGCGACGGACGCCAUCCUGACCCAGAGAAGAUUGAGGUCAUCUGCCAGAUGCCAGUACCGAAGAACGUGGCAGAGGUUCGCUCGCUCCUUGGUAUGAUCAACUACUAUGGAUCGUUUGUCGCGGAGAUGCGCCAGUUACGCGCACCGCUGGAUGCUUUGUUGAAGAAGAACGUUACGUUCAAGUGGAAUGAGGAAUGUGAAGCAGCCUUCAAUCGCGCCAAGAAAGUGCUUGCUUCAGACUUGCUCCUGACGCAUUUUGAUCCUUGUCUGGACAUAAUUGUAGCGUACAAUGUAUAA